CACUAACACGUCUCCGUACGUUAUGUUUGUUUACAAUACAAGGAAGUUUAUUAGUUAUAGAAAGAAUGGAUUAUCAAAGAUACAGUAUCUCAAGUAGAAUUUUAAACCUGAUCUGCGUCUUAAUAAUACAACAUCAACAUAUCCACGGUUCCGUAACCCUGACUGUCUCCCCGUCCGGUGAUGUAGAAGUGAACCAGACGGUGACAAUACAGUGUUCCUUCGAGUUGAAUCCAAUCGUGGCAAUAUUUUACUCCAGUAGAAAUCCAACAUCUCAAUUCUGUGAUCUGGAACCUUCAGGAGGAGUGUGUAAACCAAAUACAUGUUCUAGAAACUACGUCACAACAUGUCCUAAUGACACAACAUACAGUGUCCAGUAUCCCGUUCCUCAGAGCUGGAAUGGGGCAAGUGUUUACUGUGUAGGUUUAUCAGGAGUGGAAAGGAGUAACCAAGUCGCCUUUUCUGUUACUGUACUGGUCACAUCAUUGACACUGACCCCUGUCCAGAUAUCGGUGGAUGCCAGUGAGCACAUAAAUCUGAUGUGUCGGACAGACUACUGUAACCCAGCAGCCAACAUCACAUGGUACAAAUCAUCCACUGUCAUCAGCAGUCAAAUCACAUCCACAACGGACUCCAACAGUGAUGGCCUCCACAGAACGACCUCGGUACUGACCUAUACAGGUGUGGCAGGAGACAACGGUCAACAGGUGUACUGUAGAGCCAGUAACAGACAAGGGGUGUAUGUGGAAUCCAACAAAGAUUUGUUGGAUGUCAGAUAUCCUCCAUCGUUUGACCCCGCCAUCUCAGCCUCUCCUCCAGGAUUACAGUACGACAAUGGAACACAUGUCAGCCUGACAUGUGAACUGUCAGGAGGAAAUCCUGUAGCCAUGUUGUCAUGGAGAUGUAAAGGAGUUGACAUGACAGGAACCAAUCAAAGCAGCACUACUACAUCUAUUUCUCUGUUGUCUUUGCUGAUGGACAGUUCAUAUAACAACAAACAGUGUACCUGCACAGCCAAUCAUCGACUCCUAACCAGCACCAAAUCAGAAAGUGUCUUACUGACUGUAUUCUAUAACAAUGUUAUAUUAUCAAGUUUGAAUAAAGAAUAUGUCAUCAAUGAAUAUGGACGACUUCAGAUAAAAUGUGAUGUGGAUGGAAAUCCGUUAUCUACCAUCACAUGGAUGUUUGUUCAAAACAACACUGCUGUUAAGAGAGACUCUAAUGUAAACAGUAGCACACUGGAUAUAUCAUCAGCGAAUUGCUUAGAUCACGGGAGUUACAAAGUUACAGCUGAAAAUGGGAAGGGACCAGCAGCUGUCAGAACAACCAAUUUGGUGGUUAGGUGUAAACCCCGACUGCAUUACAGUGCUUCCCAGACUCCGGACAGUCUUGUUAUAGGAAAUUGCGACUUUCUUCAAAUUCUUGUGAGAUUAUUAUUAUACCCACCAGCGACUCUGAUACAGUGGACUUUCAUAGGAGAAAACAAUGUCAGUAGAGUCCUUCAGAAUAAUACAGAUGGCUACAGAAUAACAGACGCUAAAGGUGAAAAUGAACAAACCAUCACUCUACACAAAAGUAGGGUUUAUGCAGAGGAUUUUGGAGAUUACACGCUAAUGGUUCAGAAUGGUGUUGGUACUUUCUACAGGAGCUAUCAAGUGGACACCUCAACACCACCAUUGAUACCAACCAAUGUUACACUGGACUGCGGCAACCCCUUUUCCAUAAAGUUAUCGUGGAUUUCUAACUUUAAUGGUGGAGAUAGUCAGACUUUUAAAAUUUCCUAUUCCACUGUCGGGAAUAUAUCAGACUUAUUUAAAGAUGUGGAGUACAUUCAUGACGAGGGAUAUGGAAGACUCUACAGUUACACUCCCAGCAUUGAGCUUCAGGGAACAGUAUGGUUUACAGUUACUGCCUUCAACAUGCUUGGGAAAUCUACAUCAAAUGCUGUCCAUUGUACUGUUGCAGGAAUACAGGAGAGUGUAGAGAAUCAGACCGGGGUAGCUGUUGGGAGUGCUGUAGGGAUCGUGACCUUCAUCAUUAUUAUCCUAGUCCUCGUGAUCUUUCUCCGAAGGCGCUAUACAUUCAUAAUAAAGUUGGAGAGAAAGAACAUAGAUAAAGGUGUAAAAAGAACUGAUUUAACAAAAGACGAAUCCAGUAUCCCAAUGGCAGAACGCACUGUACAUUUACACGGAGAAAGGGGUAUGUAUGAAGAAUUGACAGAGAAAGAAAAUGGAAAUCAGUAUGAGGGUCUCUCCACUAAAGAUCAACAAGAAAGCGAGAGACAAAUUUAUGAGAGCAUACAAGGAUCCAGUGGUGAAAGUAAAUAUGAGAAACUUUCAACUGUCUCUAAGAAAGAAGGUGACAAUGAAGGAUUGCCACAUGAAAAGGUGAUGACAACAAACAGCGAUCAAUGUCAGAACUCCUAUGAAGAAUACAGAAUCGAUAGUUGGAAAACACGUUCCUGAGGACAUACCAGAGACGAUGACGACAAAUACCAGAAUUCUCAAAAACCGAAGACUUCAUCACCAUCCGAUGUCUACCUCAAUGCCUCAUUUCAGAAUUAGAAGUCUCGAAGGAGGUCUAAGCGGCAGUUUGAAAUGAUAUUUACCAAAGAAAGACUACGUACAAAAUUGAUAUUAAUUGCACCGAAAUAUUUAACGCACGGAAAUACAUAUGCGUGGUUUAAUUUAUACAUAUGUACCUCGUAAACGAUUGUAGUUUAAACUUGUUAUGUAUGAUAAUGAAAUUUACAAAGU